AUGUGGGCUUCAUUUUCCAAAAACGACGCCAACUGCAAAAUUAUACAAGACGAGAAAUUCUCAGAAAAAAUUUGCAGCUCUUUGAAGAAUACAAAAAAACCUACCACAAUAAACAAAACUGAGGAGUUGAGUGAUGUUGUGGCCAGUUUUUUGGGAAGCCCAGUCAUUGAUCAGUCAUUAGUUGAUCUUGCAUUGAAAAUUCCGAAAUGUUUAUCUGUUUCCCGGGUUCUUGUUUUAUACACUGGUGGUACUAUUGGAAUGAAAUGUGUAAAUGGUUCUUAUUGUUCUGUGGAAAACUUUUUUCUUUCCACUCUAUACAAGAUGCCUACAUUUUGUGAUUCAGAAUUUCAGGUUCAUAUAAACCAAUUUAACGUUGAACACCUACAUCAAAGACUAUCGAAAACUAACGUUUCAUCUCAUACACGUUAUACUCAUUCAAAAUUUUCAAAACGUGAAUCCAGUUUAACUGAAUCAGAUCAUAUACAAACUUAUGCCUUACCUAUUGAUAAAACUGGACAUCGUAUUUUAUAUACAAUUGUAGAAUAUUGGCCACUACUAGAUUCAUCUGAUUUGAGUAUGAAUGAAUGGAAGCGUAUAGCACAAGAUAUUUACGCAUUUUAUAAUGAAUUCGAUGGAUUUGUUGUAUUACAUGGGACGGAUACACUUGCUUAUACAGCGUCAGCUUUAUCAUUUAUGUUAGAGAAUUUAGAUAAACCAGUUGUUUUAACCGGAGCACAAUUACCGGUAUUCGAAUUUCGUAGUGAUGGAUGGAAUAACUUUCUCGGUGCAUUAAUGAUCGCUGGUGGAAAGUAUGCAAUUUGUGAAGUCACAGUGUUAUUUCAUGAUAAAUUAUUUCGUGGCUCUAGAAUAGUAAAAUGUUCAAGUAAUAAUUUUGAUGCAUUUGAGUCACCAAAUUAUCCAGCAAUUGCUGAAUUAGGAACUGAAAUAACCGUUAAUUAUGAUUUAAUUUUUCGAAAACCUGGAUUACCUAAACCAUUUUGUAUUCAUACAAAUUUAUGUCAAGAUGUUGCAAUACUAAAUAUAUUUCCAUUAAUAUCUAAAGAACAUAUUAUUUCAAUGUUAUCACCUCCUAUUAAAGGAGUUGUUCUUCGGACAUAUGGAGCUGGUAAUAUUCCAUCUUCCCGUCAGGACCUACUGGAUGCAUUAAAAGAAGCUUCUGAUCGUGGUAUACUUAUGGUGAAUGUCACACAAUGUUGGCGUGGUGGCGUUAAAGCAGUUUAUUCAACUGGGAUGGUUCUCAAUGAAUAUGGUGUAACUCCGGGAUAUGAUAUUACAACUGAAGCAGCACUUAUCAAAUUGGCCUAUAUAUUGAGUAAAACAGAAAAUAAAGAUUAUUCCUGUAAACGUGCAAUGUUAUUAAAUAGUUUAAGAGGUGAAGUGACAGUUGAAGGAGAAGACUCUAGAGCAGCUAAUUUAUCACUAUAUAACAUAAACUGUUUAAAUCAAGAUAGAAAUCUUAUGAUAUAUUUCGCCAAAUUAUUCUCAACAGCUUCGUUAGAUGAUUCUGAAGGUGUUGGUUCAAUGUGGGUUCAGCGUAUAAUACCGACACUUGCGUGUUGUGCAGCUGCAUCAAAUAAUUUGUCAUGUUUAAAAGAAAUGUAUCAUAUAAUUGGCCAUUUACAGUUAUUUGACACUGAAGGAUGCACACCACUGCAUAAAUCAGCUUUAUACGGUCAUAUUUCAGCGACAAAAUAUUUAUUAGAAUGUGGUGUAUCAGUUCAUAUUGCAGAUAAAAGUGGAUAUACCCCACUUCUUUGUGCUUUAAAUAGUCUAAUAUUAUCUUCUGAGUUAGUACAGUUACUAUUAGAUGUUGGUGCUGUGUUAAAUUCUGAGAGUCAACUUGUCACUAAACUGGUUCAUCAAGCAGUUUCAGAUGGUGAUAUUCAAAGGUUACGCCUAUAUCAAUUAUGUGGAUAUUCAUUUUAUAAUAUGGAUGAAGAAGGUCGUUCAGCUUUACAUGUAGCUGUUACACAUCGGCAAUUGAAUUCCAUUAAAUUUCUCAUCUCACCAAUAUAUAAUGAGGAAAACCCUUACGAUAAAAAGAUCAGUGUAGAAGAAACAGAACUGGAAUACGGUGCUGGUGUUGAUCCGAAAUGUCGAACAAUAUGGGGUACAAGUGCAUUAGAUGAAGCGAAACUCCGACAUUUCGAUGAUAUCGUUCAACUGCUGGAGAAGUAA